UUAUGAAUCCACUUCCACGUUUUUAAACAUCCCUAUAUUGCCAUUGCCUGUCGGAUGGACAGUGGGAACAGAAACAUUAUGGCUGCCAGUCUCUCCCUGACUCAGCUUUCGAGUGGGAACCCUGUCUAUGACAAAUACUAUCGACAGGUAGAUCCGUCAGGCAGUGGACGUGUACCAGCAGCAGAUGCUGCCCUCUUCCUAAAGAGAUCAGGCCUGGCAGAUCUUGUGCUGGGCAAGAUAUGGGAUCUGGCAGAUUCAGAACGAAAAGGAUGCCUUAACAAACAGCAAUUCUUUGUUGCACUCCGACUAGUGGCCUGUGCCCAGAAUGGGCUCGAGGUGGCACUGAAGAGUCUCAACGCAGCCGUUCCUCCCCCCAAAUUUCAUGAUACGAGUAGCCCGCUUCUGCCCGCAGGAGUGGCCAUAGACGCCCCAUGGGCGGUCAAGGCGGACGAGAAGGUGAAAUUCGAUGCCAUCUUCGAAAGCCUGUCGCCCGUCGGGGGCAUGCUCACAGGGGAUAAGGUCAAACCAGUCCUGCUCAACUCCAAGCUGCCUGUAGACGUCCUGGGCCGGGUGUGGGAGUUAAGCGACAUUGACAGAGAUGGCAUGCUCGACAGAGAUGAAUUUGCUGUGGCCAUGUACCUGGUCUACAGAGCUCUGGAGAAGGAGACGGUGCCCAUGUCUCUGCCCCCUGCCUUGGUGCCCCUAUCAAAGCGGAAGAAAUCCACCACCCCCCCAGUUAUGCCCUUACUGCCGUCCCCCUCCCUGAAGGAGCCCCGUGCGCCCCCGCCUGCCCCCGCCAAAACACUGCCCCCUCCUGCCAAAACAAUAACGGCGCCUCAGUGGGUGGUGUCCCUGGCAGACAAAGCGAAGUAUGACGAGCUGUUCAGUAAAACGGACAGUGACAUGGAUGGCCUGGUGUCUGGCCCUGAGGUCAGGGACAUCUUCCUCCGUACAGGGCUUCCCUCCGCUACACUGGCACGCAUCUGGGAGCUGUGUGAUAUCGGGGACAUUGGCAAGUUGACCAGAGAGCAGUUUGCCCUGGCACUGCAUCUCAUCAACCAGAAGCUGACCAAGGGUGUCGACCCUCCCCAGGCCCUCACGGCCGAAAUGAUCCCCCCGGCUGACAGAGUUGCCCAGAACGCCACGCUGGCAUGCCAGGCUGCUGACUUCUCUGCCAUCAAGGAGCUGGACUCCCUCAGCAACGAGAUAGUCGACCUCCAGAGGGAGAAGAGCUCCGUGGAGCAGGAGAUCCGCGACAAGGAGGAGAGCAUCCGCCAGAGGACCAGCGAGGUGCAGGACCUGCAGGAUGAGGUGCAGCGGGAGAGUGCGGAGCUUCAGAAGCUGCAGAGCCAGAGGCAGGAGGUGCAGGAGGCCCUGGACAAGCUGGACGCUCAGAAGAGCUCGCUAGAGGAGCAGCUGGCCCUCAUACGACAGCAGUGCAGCCAGGAGAACCAGAUGAUCAUGACUCUGCAGAUACAGCAGUCGGAACAGGAGCAGCAGAUCGGCGAUUGUGAGACGGAGCUGAGCCAGGCUAGGGCCGAGCUGCAGCGGCUGCAGGACGAGACCCAGCAGCUGGAGCAGAAGGUGGAGACGGCACGCGCCCAGCUCGACCCCCUGCAGGACAGCGUCAAGGAGUCCCACACACAGGUCUCGCAGGCCCAGGAGAAGGUCAGCGAGUUGCGCAUGCAGGAGCGAGACCUCACCGCGCAGCUCAGCUGGCUAUCCCUCACGCAGGACGACCCCGUCCCUCCCCCCAUCGCUGCCCGAGCCCCUGUCCCCACCCCGACCCCUGUCUCCAUCCCCACCCCGACUCCUCUUCCAGUCCCACUGGUGAACGGGGCGGCAGGUGGUGAGGACGAGCAGCUGGACCGGGACGAGGAAGAGGACAGUGAGAAUGGAGCGGCCGAUGAACCGCAGGAGCUGCGUGUGGAGGAGGUGGAGGAGGAGGUGGAGGACGAAGAGAAGGAGGAAGAGCAGGUGAAGCAGGAGGAAGGAGCGCGGCCCAACAGAACCAAGAGUCCAGGAGGGGCCAGCCUCGACCCGCUGGAGGACCUCUACACCAGCGCACUCUCCACUACCACCGCCUGGCCACAGGACACUGCUGAAGGCAGUAGUCCCGCUCCUGCGGCUGACCCGGAGGUGAAGACCGAGGUGGAGGCGGAGUUCCCCAGAGCCAGCACACCUAAGGCAGAGUCUCCUGUCCCAGAGAGGGCAACAGGGUCUCCUCAGCGUCCCCCUCAGGCACCAACACCAACACCAGGACCAGCAGCAUCUCCAGCCCUAGCUUCAGCAGCAGCAGCGCCACCUGCUGGCCCCAGCCAGGAAACAGCCUCCAGCCUGGACUUCUUCCAGUCAGACCCCUUCACUGACCAUGAUCCAUUUAAAGAUGACCCAUUUGGUAAAGUGGACGUCGCUGAUCCCUUUGGUGGUGACCCCUUCAAGGGCUCGGACCCUUUUGCCUCGGACGCCUUCUUCAAGCAGAACCCUGCGGCUUCCUUCCCUUCUGCAGACCCGUUCGGCUCGGCUGACCCGUUCAGCGGAACCACCGGGGCCCCCGAGGCCGACCCGUUUUCCCCGCAGCUGAACAACGCGACUGCGGGUCCAGAUCCCUUCAGCACCCAGUCCAGUGGCACCACAGCUGCUGACGCCGCUGCUGCCAAGGAUCCCUUCAGCGUCAAAGUGAACAACACAUCCGACCCAGACCCCUUCGCCUCCAAGAUGGCCGCUCUGGGAGACGCCGACCCCUUCAGCUCGCAGAGUGGGCCCGAUCCUUUCGCCAGCACACUUCCUGCUUCAGAUGGACCCACGAAGGAUCCGUCAUCGGCAGUUAAUGACCCUUUUGCACCAGGAGGCACAGUGGUGAAUACAGACUCAGAUCCAGACCCCUUUGCUGCUGUGUUUGGAAACGAGUCGUUCGGAGGAGGGUUUGCUGAUUUCAGCGCCUUGGCAAAGUCGAAUGGUGCUGACCCAUUUGCUGCAGCCAAUACCUCAACUAACAAGAAUCUGUUCAAGGAGGACACCAUGUCCAGCAGUUCAGACACGCCCCCAGCCCUGCCCCCCAAAACAGGCACUCCCACCAGACCGCCUCCUCCACCCCCAGGCAAGCGGUCUAACAUCUCGCGGUCCGAGUCGUCGGACUCCUUCCAGCGGCGGGGCUUCAUGACGCAGGGUGACUUCUCGUCGCUCCCCGCCAAAGACUCCGCCCCGGACCCGUUCGCCCCCUCCUCCCCCCGCCAGCCGCCACGUCAGCCUGAGGGAUUUGCCAGCUUCGACAAAUACCCCACAGAGGAGGACAUGAUUGAGUGGGCGAAGCGUGAGAGCGAACGCGAGGAGAAGGAGCGGUUGGCUCGGCUCACGCAGCAGGAGCAGGAGGACCUGGAGCUGGCCAUCGCCCUCAGCAAGUCCGAGCUCUCCUGAGACCAGACUCCAAGACCCACUACACCCCUGCCCUCCUCCCUUUCCCGGACUCUCUCCCUACUCCUGCCCCACCCUCCCAAUAUGGUGCUCCCUGAUGGAGGAGGGAGCGAGAGGCCUUGCAGGAGUAGGAGCAACAUCUAGUUGGAGCCCUCCUGAGAUGAGACCAGACUUUGCCCAAUACAUCCCCUCUCUCCUCCCCUCCCUCCCUCCUUGCCUCCCUCCCUGGACUCUCCCUUUACCCCUGGCCCACCCUCCCAUUCCCAAUAUGGCGCUCCCUGAUAGAGGAGGGAGCUGGAGACCUUACAGGACUCUGCAGGAGUAGGAGCAGCAUCUAGUCGGAGCUCCCUGCCCACUCCACCUCAGCCCUCCUUCAUCUCUUGAGUCUGUGUCCUAAUCCCCCUACCCUCCAUCCCCCAACGCAGCAGCCAGAGGCUCUGCAUGCCCCAAAGGAAGAGUUAGAGGCCUUGCAAGAUUCUGUUGGAGUAGGAGUAGCAUUAAGUCUGAGAUCUCCUGAUGAGAUUCUGCCCCACAACAUCACAACCCUCUAUGCUCCUCUGACUCUCUAACCCUGCUCCCCCACGCCCCGAAUAACUACUCUCUAAAUGAGGCGUAGGAAGACUUGCAGGACUUGCAGAGGUAGGAUUAACCGGAAAAGUCGGAGACACUGCCGCACUACAUCACAACCCUCCUCCCUCACCUGACUCUGUACUCCUGCUGCCUGCCGUCACCCCCCACCCCCCACCCCCCAUAUGCGGAAGCCUGAGGCUCAGUGCAUCCUGAAGGAAGAGUGUGAAGACUUGCAGGAGUCUGCAGGCAGCAUUAUAGCAUCGUGGCUGAGCUCUCCUGAGAUGCGAUGAGAUGAUGCUCUGUCCCACUACAUCACUGCCCCCCUUUUCCUUUGUACUCCACUACACUCAGCCCACCCCCCAACCCACAGGCUCAGCCCAACCCCCAACCCCCACAGGCUCAGCCCACCCCCCAACCCCCACAGGCUCAGCACUCCCAGACUGAGGAAGAGGUUCUGCAGGACGGUAGCAUCAAGGCUGCUCUUUCCUGAGACGAGACACUAACCCAUUACAUCACAGUCCUCCGCUGCGUCCCUGUCUACGCUGGCCUUUCCCCGCCUUCCCCCACCACCAUACGCACUCUCAGGGGGGAAAGCAGGAGUACCUGGAGUGGGGUCACUGCCCAUUCUCCAAGUCCAAGCUCUCCCGAGAUUGGUUACAAAGGAGCACACAGAGAAAAACUCUGAUGUUUAUGAUCACCACCCCCAACGUCCAUGUUGAGUAACCACACGUGCAACACCCCAAACCAGGAGUGUGUCUGAGCUCUCCUAAGAUGCUGCGCCUCCUGCCAUAACCCCUCUACCCCUCCAACUCUGCCCUCCACCGUACCCAUUAGCCAGGCGCUCCCCAAAGCAGGACCAAGUGGAAGGGGAGCUUGCCCCAAAGUCUGCAGAGCUUUCCUAAGGUGCUGCCAAACCUCUGCCCACCUCCACCAUAAUCCACCACCCACAGGCUUGGCACUGCCCUAAGGACGAGGACGAGAAAGAGAGGUACACGUGGAGACACUCAAAUCCCCCUGAAUCCCCUCUACACUACCCCUCCACUUGCUGAUGCAUGAAGACAGUGCCCAACACUGUCGACACCACAACAACCUGACCUCCUGUCUAACCUGGGUACUUAAUUCUCACAAACAUCUAGUCCUAACAGUCCUAAAAGACUCUUCCUCCUCCUGAUUCUGACAGUUCUGUUGGUGCUUUGGGGGAUUCCGAGAGAGACAGAGACUGAGGGACCUGGUGGAAAUAUCAAAAGGGGCUGUUUGGUUCAAAUGUCCUCUACUCCUCUCUUUGGAAAAUGGCUGCCAUGUCCCCGGUGAUUGGAGCCCCAGUUGGGAGGCUAAUGGCCUUGUCUGUGUUAUUUCACCUCCCCUGACCGAGAGACUAUUGCGCUGUCGAUGGCACAUUUGAAAAAUUCCGUUAGCCCCCUCCCACACACACACGCGCACGCACCCAUGAACUGCUCUUUAUGUGCUUCCUGUAAAAUUCAUUCUUUCUUUCAUCAUCGUUCUGCCAGGUUAUGCAGGCGUACCUACCUUUAGAAGUACAUAACCCAACAUAUUCACCUAUGAUCCAGUCAAAAGAUGUGAGAGGCUGUGCACAAGUACAAGUGCAAGAGAUAUUGCAUCAGUGUUACAGCCACAAAGAGUGUUUGUCAUGUCAUAUCUCAACAUAUUUAGACUAAUAAGUGAAGUUAAUGGCACAGAGAAAAUGUAUGGCAUUGUAAACAUGCCCUUAUGUUUAUUCCUCCCUAGUUUCAAUUGGUGGUUGAUUGGGUUCUUAAUUGACAUGCAUAAUUGGGCAACUGUAAAUGUGCGAUGUGAACAAUUUAUGUAAAGUUUCAACCAGUGAACAUGACUAUUUCUAAAAUAGGCUGCUGAAUGAUUGGGAUAUUUUUAAAUCAGCCUUUGCAACACAUGGGUCCUUUUACGUGUAUGGCAAAAGCAAACCACUUGAGAGCCUCAUCUUUUUAAAUAUUCAUGUUAGUGAUACAAGCUUACUUAAGACUCCUCUUAUUCAUUCUGAUAACUCAGUCAAAGCUGUUCUGACUUGACAAAAGAGGUACUUUAUAUUUGUUUUUGCCAUAUUGCAUUUCCAUAUUUGUUGACACUAUUAUCUCUCUUCAAUUCUCUGAAAUUAAUCCCUUGAGUUCAGGGGCAGGCUGCUUUGACCUUAUGGGACAAUUCUGCAAAACCAUUAGCUCUUCCCCAUUCUGAUGUACAUUAACAGCCCGAGUUAUGUUUUCUCAUGUUGAGACUAAUGUAAUGUAUGAUUUAAUGUUUGAAUGUAAGUGUCACUGUUGAUCCACGCAUUAGUCGGCCUCUACAUUUAGCUUUCAGGAAGAUCCCUUGUGUCUCUGUCAGAACAAUCAGUUCCAGCUGCUGGGUAAUCUGUUAUCAGUGCUGCACCAAAUCUUCGACUUCCCACUCCUAGGGGCACAUGUCCAGCACAUGUCCAGCUUGAAAGAACGAGCUCUAUCUCAACAUGACUUUACAUUGUUGUAGCCAUUAUCCCCCUUCAUCAAUUGUGUCACCCUGGCUCCUUCCUCCUUCCUUUAGGUAGAAUGUCCUUUCUGUUUAACAGAAACAAUAGUCUCCAGUAGGGGGUUCCAUUGCGACAGAAAUUGCCUGAGACAAAUGGGGACUUGUGUUUUGAAUCUCAAAGUCCACGGAGAGUUCAUCCUCAGGUUACCACAUGGUGUGUGUAUUGAUGAGUUUCGGGGUCGAUUGCCUUCUGUACAAGAAAUGCACUUUCAAAGACCCCUUCAUCCCUUAUAGACAGAUACAUAUCCACAGUAGAAAUAGAGAGAUGAUCCAGGAUUGUGCUUUUGUUUUCUAUUUUUAUUAGUAUGACUGUGUACGGAUUAAGUAUGGAGUAUCAACUCACAGUUCCAGUGGAAAUCCUAUUUAGACUCAACCAAGGAGAUGAACAUGUCACUAGUGUGCAGAUUUAUGGUUUGAAAGCACAGUGAACUCUAAAAAGGCCUCCUUUUAAAACAAAUGGCCUGUCUCCCCUUAUGGGUCAAAUCAAUCUAUUGGACUGCAAAAAAUGUUGCUUACCAAUCCAUCUAUAUCUAUAUAUAUAUAUAGAUAAAAUAAAAUGGUCAGUCAUUACACUCCAUUGUACGUUAACUAUACCAUGUAAAUACUAUGAAUUGUCAAAAUGUGCUGCUUUUUUCUCCCAUCAGACAUAUAGCAUUCAAGUCUCUCAGUUACUAAAAUCAUGUAGCACCAAAUUCUCAUUCCUUCAAUUGAAAACCACUUAUACUUGCCAUCUAUAGGCUUUUAAAACUGGCUCAGUGUAUUUUAUUUUUUUUAUGUCAAAUAUGUUCCCUGCUGGGAGAUUGUUUAAAUAUGUUAAGUAUAACAUGUAAUUAAAAAUAUUAAUAAAUUGAAGUCUUUAAAACUA